AUGCCCAACCCCAAACUCGCCUACGAGGCAAACGAGCCUGCGUUCCUCCAAAAGCUGCGCGGCCAGCAUGGGAAUUCCACCGGUCGCCUGGAGCGGCCAGCGCAACGCCCGCAAAGACUAAAGAAGGACGACGACGACGAUGACGAGCCAACCUAUGUGGACGAAGAGAGCAACGAGGUGAUCUCCAAGGAGGAAUACAAGGCCAUGGUGCAGGAGACCAACCCGGACGAUGAUCCUUCGGCCAAAGAUGGUGAAAAGGAAGCCAAGGAAGCUCGCCUGGCAGAGUCCGCGCCCAAACAACAGAGCAAUCUCACCGAGAUCGGGACACAGAAGAAGCGGAAACAGGCCAAGGUGGUGGGCGACGACAAGGCCGAGCCUGAAGAGACGCACCCCAAAGCCGCGGUGUCGCGCAAGCCAAAGAAGGCGAAGAAGAUCAAGCUCUCCUUUGAUGAGGAAUGA